ACCGAGUCCUCGUGAGUACGCGUCCCCGCGACUUCGGUGCGCGUCGUGCGUCUUCGGCUUGCGGUCUCGGCGACCCACCGCCCGUUUAUUUUUCCGAGUCCCCCGCCCGGCGUCUUCCCGCGCCCAACAAGUGGUGAGUCGCUCGCACUCGCGGCUCACACGGCGUCUCGCGCUCACACUUCGCACAACUUUCUGAGCGCUCCGCGUACUUUAUCGCGCCGCGAGUUUGGAAUUGGAUCGCGUGUUACAAACUUUUUUCGGAGUGUGUACAGACUAUAGUGGCGUGAUUGAGGACUUCAGUGGCGUGUCGAGUGGUGUUUAGAGGGUAGACUGGAGUCGAUGCACCUGCCGCACGCAAGCCCCCCCGCGCCCAGCAUGGCGGACGUCUACUCCCACAUCCACGAGUACUACCGGCAGAGUCACGGGGAGUUGGUAUCCACCGGCUCGCCGGCCGUGCUGUGCUCCGCGCUGCCGGGCCACUGGAGGUCCAACAAGUCACUGCCGGUGGCCUUCAAAGUGGUGGCAUUAGAUGACGUUCAAGAUGGAACUUUGGUGACGAUAAAGGCUGGAAAUGACGAGAACGUGAUGGCUGAGCUGAGGAACUGCACGGCGGUAAUGAAGAACCAGGUUGCGAAGUUCAACGACCUGCGGUUCGUGGGUCGCAGUGGACGCGGCAAGUCCUUCUCACUCACCAUCACCAUCAGCACGUUCCCCAGCCAAGUUGCGACCUACACCAAAGCCAUUAAAGUUACCGUGGACGGACCUAGAGAACCUAGAACUAAGCAAAACUAUGGUUACGGACACCCUGGGGCCUUCAGUCCGUUCCUGCUGAACCCCGGUUGGCUGGAUGCGGCCUACCUCAACUACGCGUGGGCUGACUACUUCAGGCCGCCACAAACCGCCGCACUUGUUAAAGGUGGAGCAGCGCCUUUAACUGCAGGGCCGGUAGGAUUACCUGGUGCAGAUUUAUUUCCAUUCCCUCCGGCGAUGACCAACCUGCCACCCGGUGGUAUUAUUCCACCACCCGGAGCUUUCCUACCACCCAACGGACUUCUGCCGUUUUCUCCACAUCCUGCUGAACUUGCGUUGAAAUCUCUUCCGCCAGAACUAUCACUGAAGAAUGGCGUCAACCCUUAUGAUGCAUUAAGGCAUCUACAGAGCAACGUAUCAUCAAUGGACACAUCUAGUGCACGACUAUCGCCAACAAGCAGCAGACAGAGUGGUAGCCCGAGAAGUAUGAUGAAUGCUAGUCCGGACCGAUCGAAAGCUGAUUCUAAGUCUGAAAUUAAUUCUACUCACGAUGCUACGAUUUCGGAUGAGUCAGAUGAAGAGCCUAUUGAAGUAGUGAAGUCUGCAUUCCACCCGACGAGACCAGCGAACGUGGAGCUGCAAGAGAUGAAGCGGGUGCAGGCCGCGGACUCGACCGUGGCCGACCGGCCGCGACACCGGAACGAACUCAAGGCUCCAUCACAGAGGACCAACCGCCUGCUCUCCACUAGUCCAACCUCCACCAAAAUAGCGAAUGGAACGAUAUCAACACACAAAUCAGUAUGGCGACCGUAUUGAUUCCAAUUCUAUUAAAAUAUUAAAUAAUGUAGCCUUCGUCCCAGUGGGCGGAGUUGAAAUGUGAUAAACCAAUGAGCUUGUAAAUAGUAUAGGUAUUACAGAAUUGCAUUGAUUUAUAAAAGAUAUUUAUUGUUAGAGUAAUGUAACGGUUUUUGAAUUAGGUGAUAUAGAUUUAGGAUGGCAAUAUUGUAUAUGUGAGAUAUUAGUAUGAAUUGUUAUUUUAAUUGCAGAUGUGUUCAAGCUUAUGAAUGUAAUAAGGUUUAUUUCUGUUUGCACAGGUAUUUCUCAUAAAUAUUAGGAAUCGUUUUUAAUAUUAUAAUAUAGUUAAUCAACCUGUACAAGAUAUUUCCAAACCGACUGAUUAUUGUAAACCCUUUAUAUAAAGAUUUCUGCUUAAUAUUGUAAAUAUUGUAAAAGUUAUAUUUAUUCGAGAAUAUUGUGUACAAUAAUGGUAAA